CGUGAAGCAUGUUUGAUUCAUGCAGCAAGUUUGUGCAGAAAAGAAUCUCCGUCGCAGUUAGAGCAGAUUGAUAUUGCCACUGGUGUAGUUAAUUCUGACGUCCGUAUACUUCGAUAAUAAGUUAUCAUUGUGAAACUCGUGGCUCUUGGAACGAUAUUGUUCGUUGUCCCAGCGCAACAGCAGUCUCGCGAAUGCAGCGCAUGAAUAUCAUCUCUAGCAUGCCACUUCGGAAGUAGGUCACCGUUUUACCAUGUCUCAGCUCUAUUGGGUGCUCGUUAUAUUUCUCAAUUACACGUCGACACUGUUCGUCAUUUAUAAAAAGGUGUAAUUUGAAGUAAAGAGUGGACUCAAAUCGACCAUCUAUCGUGUCCUAAGGGUCUGUAUGAAGGGAUGUGAUGACCCAUGCACGACAGAAGGACUCUCUGAGCAGAUACCAUCCCGGUAACUCCUGGGAGCAGGUAGGGGGGGUGCCACAUGCUGAGGCCAUGGUGGGGGGAGCCCCGCCCGAUCGCCCAAAACUAAAAAGAGGGAGGCCCAAGAAGAUCAAGAGGGGCAGAGCGAAAGAGUGCAAGGAUCUGCGAGUGGUGGAGAAGGAGGAGGAGGAGAAGGACAGGAAGCUGUACCCUCUCAGGGCCAGGACACUGGAUCAAUGUGAGGGGGACACCCUCGACUGUCGCGUCCUUCUCACCCGUCUGGAGGUGAGUGGUGAUGAGGACAAGGCGAGCUGCUUGAAGUGUCGAAUAGAGACCAAAGAGGAAGGGAGCCAUAACCUGGUGUGUGGAAGGACCAAGCCCUGCAAGUCUAGACAAAAGACCUUCAAAGCUUAUCGGAAAUUGCCGGAAUUAAACAAACAAUCAAAAGUGUUAUGCACAUUACCUGUCGUGGAGCCUCGCAAACGGAGACUGGCCUCUCUGAAUGCGGAGGCUGUGAAUAGUCUGCUCUUAUAUAGAGAAUAUCCUCAAGCGACCAGACUCACAAAGAAGCUACAGUCCAAUGGGAAUCUGGCAAAAGAUGCAGUAAUUUUGGGACACAACACCCCAAGGGGUCCUAAAGUGGCAAAAUCAGACAUUUAUGUAACUGGAAGUUCUAAACAAAACAAAAAGUCUAUGAAGAUGGAGUCCAUGGAUCUGCUAAGUCUGUACGGUCCCACCCCCCGGCGUCAGGCCAGCCUCAACGCUGCUGCUUUGCUCAAGAUCACUAGCACCUCCUUCAAAGCCAAACACCGGGUGGCCAAGACCAACUGCAAGCAACUGAGUGCAGUACUGCGGACCAAACAGUCGCUGCACCCCAAGCUAAAGAAGCAACAGUAUCAUAAACUCCAACACGGGAAAUCCCAGACCCAUCCACAGCUGGUUCAGAGAUGCUGUAAUCUCUAUAAGAGGGAGUCAUUCCACCUCGAACCCCAGUGCGAGGGUAUUACAUGGGGGAACGGCUCCAUCAGAUCUGGCUUCCAGUGUCGAGCCUUGCUGGGCUACCCGAUGAAGUCUGUGAAGGAGGAACAGGUCAAGGAACAGGUCGAGACGCAGUUGACUCCUUCUUUCUACUGCUGCUCCCAAGAAAGGUCAGUGGAGUAUUGUCACCAACUGGCCCUGUUCCUCAACCAGAAGAGCUUCGGCGAAGACAAACUUGAGGAGCGUUUGCUCUCCAAUAGCUACCUCCCCUCUCCCCGUUCCCUGUCCCACCCACAUGCCCUAACCAUAAGCCCCCACCCUUACCCGUGUUUCUCGGGCUACUACGUCCACUUUUCUCACCAUGAAACCUCCUCUACCCUCAUGACCUCCGUGAGCUCCAUCCCCAUGCCCUACCCUCCCUCCUCUGUCGCCCCCAUCACGUUGUGCUCUGGUGAGGUUCAGAGCCCCAAGCUGCUGUCCCCGACAGGCUCUCAACCCUCAGGAAUCGUCCACCCGGUCUACUGCUAUGGAGAAUCCUGCCAAAUCAGUGGAUACGCAUAUAGAGCAGUACCGACCCUAGCCAGCAGGAGGUGCUGUUAUAACGCAGGCUGCUCCAGCUGCAGCCACAAGAUUAAGAUGGAAGACUACUCCUCGUCUCUGGAGGACCACAGCUCUUCCUCUGUCCCAGCCUCCCCCGCACCCCGGCCCCUCUCCGGCUUCCCCGCCAGCCCCAGCACUCCCCCAGCUGCCCAAUCAGUGGCCUGCUUUCAGACCUCUCUGUCAGACCCCAGCCAACUGCAGGUCCCGGUGCAGGUGGUCCGGGAGUACCCUCAGAGUGCCAAGCCACCCAGCGGCUCUCUGUCUGGGGUGAGCAGCGGCUCGUGGUCCGUCUGCCCCCACAUUCAAGACAAGCAGCAGCUGGGGCCCGUCGGCCUCGGAGCCUGCAGAGCUGCCAAGCAGCAGCUGGGGCCCGCCGGCCUCGGAGCCUGCAGAGCUGCCGAGCAGCAGCUGGGGCCCGCCGGCCUCGCACCCUGCAGAGAUGCCAAGCAGCAGAGGAUCACCCGUCGCCGGGCAACCAAUGGUUGGCUGCCCGUGGGCGUGCCUUUCGAGAGAGAGGUUUUCACUGUGGGGGAAGAGACAACAUUGUUGCGCAAAUGUUUUGAAGGGGUCAAGCGGGAUGGGGAGGUCAUUUGGGUUCGAGACACAGUCCUGCUGCGCUCUGGCCCCAGGAAGAAGUCUCUGCCCUACAUAGCCAAAAUCUCAGCCCUAUGGGAAGACUCAGAAUCCGGAGAGAUGAUGAUGAGUCUGUUUUGGUACUACCGCCCAGAACACACACAGGGAGGGCGCAAUCCCAGCACACACUGUGAGAAUGAGAUUUUUGCAUCUCGGCAUCAGGACCAGAACAGUGUGGCCUGCAUUGAAGACAAGUGCUACGUUUUGACGUUAGCACAGUACUGUAGAUUUUGUGCCUUCGUGAAAUGUCGCGGGGAGGGUCUCCCUGAAAGUGCCACCAGAAUGGUACCGCCUUGUGUUGAAUACGGCACCUCUGCCCACCGCUGUGUGCCCACGGACAUCGACCCCAACCUGGUGUUCGUCUGUCGCCACGUCUACGACUUCCGCUAUGGGCGCAUCCUGAGGAACCGGCAGUAGCGCUCAUGAGGACAGUGGUAGAAGGAAGGAUUUUAAACAGUGAAAGAAGAGGUUAAAAAGACACUAUUUUGUUCAUUCCUCAGAAUACAUCGAGUAAGUCUCGAUGUCUGGAAGUGUUUUUACUCAAUGUCUCUAUCUCUCUCUCUCUUGCAAAUCCUGUGGGUCACACUUGGUCAAUGAGGAAAUGUUUUUUAUCAUCCCAAGCACAAAUCCCCUUUUUUGUUUUUACUACUUUGCCAAAUUAUGAUUUUAUUUUUGCAUCAUCCCAUUCCUUGGCCUGUAUAUAUCUAUAUAUAUGUGGGUUAUAUGUAUAUGUGAGCUUAACACUUUUAUCUGUAAUGAUUUAGUCUUGAAUUUAAAGUUUAAUUGGCUUAAGUGCAUAGAGAAAUAUGUAUUUAUAUAUGGAGAACAUCUAAUUUAUUUUUUAAGUAAUUUAAGAGUGAAUUAUUUGGACUUUUCAAAGCGAGAAAUUGUCCAGGCGUUUGCCAACACUGACUCACUCUCUGCACUGUCUUAGAGGUAAAGUACCUGUGAAUCCCAAACCAGCCCCUCGCACCUAACAACUCACUCAGAGGUGCCCUCCGUUGUCACGUCCUCCGUUGUCACGUGCUGCUGAAGAAAUUCCUAGGGGGACUUCUAGAGUGGAGAGGUGAUCAAAUAAACCCAUUAACUUUGGUACACACCUGUGACUUGAAUCGUGCAAUUCAUGUUUACCAUUUAAAUAAUAAUUGAAAUAGUUAUAUGAGCAGGAAAUUCUAAUAAAAAAAUUCCCCUUGUCGUCUCAGAAGAUAUAAACCCCAGUAACAGUUAACAGAUUACAUUUAAUUUGCGAGGUAAUUUAUUUGGUAUUUGCUCAAAAUCAGACACAAAUGAAUGCAUAUUGCGCAAACUCCAAACAUUUCGUGCUGUGUGUUGGGAUAGCACUUCGCUCUGGAGCCGGCCGCCUUGCUGGCUAUCACUUUGAUCAUUUUAUCUCCCUCAGUUUUUGGACAUUUGUGCAUAUGGCGGAGGCGUGCAUGAAUGUGCAAAUGGAGGGCAGAAAGGAAGGGACUGGUUUUUUAGAUUCAGCACAUGUGACUCUUAACUGGAAGGGCCACCCCCAAGAUAAUGUUUUUUCCCCCUACUACCCUGCCUUGAAUUGACCAAUGAACAAGUGUUUGAACCCAACACCCACCCUGCCAUUACCCAGAACUUGCCUUACAACCCGCAGGUUCACAUUUGGGAUGCAAGCCCCAAUAUAUUCACAGUUCACACUGCACCAAAUGCCCCGCCUUCUGUCUAAACCAAAGGUUGUCAGUCAGUGGAGCUACAGUUCAGUACAAGCCACUCCUAAAUUCACUCAGGCCCUUCCCAUGUUACUUUGCACUAAUCCAUGUUCCAUUUUGAGAUUGACUGUGUCUUUAGGCUGAAACUGCAACUAAUUCGUCAUCAUGGAAGUCACACUGGGUAUUAAUCUACAUGUGUGUUUGCUUAGAUCAGAGGGAAUCAACGUUUGGUAUCACAAUUCCUGGGAAAGCUUCCUGUCUGAUCAACAUAAAUGCACACACACACACACAAGCCUGCUUCUGAGAUGUAUCUUGAUGUAGAGUUCACCGGCCAUAGAAAAAUCUCUUACACUCUCGAUUCCUUUAUGUCCAAUCAAGAUGUGACCGAUUUGUCUUACAUGGCCUGUUGUGCCUGCCUGUCUCAGGGGACUCAGUGUCCAAUGGGCUGCAGGUAGCCAAGCAGUUGAAGAGCGUCGGGCUACUAACCGAAAGAUUGUUGGUUCAAAUCCCCUAGCUGGCAAAAACUCUGCCGUUCUGCCCUUGAGCAAGGUAGUUAACCCCUAACAAUAUCUGCUUCCCGGGCGCCGAUGACGUCGAUUAAGGCAUCCCUUGUGGAAGACACAUUUCGGUUGAAUGCAUUCACUUGUGCAACUGAUUAGGUAUCCCCUUUCCAAGAAAAGUAGGACAACAUUGUUAUUUUAUGUAUUUUUUAAAUGCCAUUUUUUUCUGGUAAAUUCUGUUAAUUGAUAACAAAUGGAUUUACCAAAAAGGGAAUAGAAGGAGUGUAAAAUGUCACAUUCAACUCAUUCCCCGAUGUAGAAAACUCUGAAUUCCAAAUUUCUUAUGUGCAUAUGUUACAAGUUUUAGCAUGGAGUUUCUGGGAAUUCUUGGAAAGGAUAUUCAUAGCACAGAGUGAUUGUGUCAUUUAACAUGGACCUGUGUAAUAUAAAACAAUAUUUAAAUUGAAUAAAUAAUAUAUGAUUUGGAA